AUGGCGUCUUCAGCAGGUUCAGCUCUCCGCCUGGGCCUUCCGUCGCUCGCGUCUCCUCGUCUCCGCGCCUCUGCGCCGUCCAGCGCACGCUUGCCCUUCGCCCUCUCCUCUCCGCCGUUCUCGAGUUCGCGCCUGCCUGCGAUUCUCGCCGCCGGCGACCCUUCUUCUCUCUCUCACAAGGUCUCUCGAGGCCCUGCGCGCCUCUCCCCUCAGUGCUCGUUCGCCUCGCAAAGCGUCGCGUCUGUCUCGUCUUCCGCUGCGCAGCUCUCCGCCUCCGCUGGGGCGUGUCUGGGUUCUGCGGCGCGCGCGGCGCUCGAGCGUGUAGAGCCGCGCCUCAGGUGUCUCGGCAGCUGCAGCUUCUCAACGGGCGCCCCUACCGCGGGGGACGAGGGCGAGAAGCGCGCGAAGGAGGGCAAACCGACAGACUUCCCGCUGAUCUUCGAUGGCGGCGAAGAGCGUCUGAGUCCGCAGCAAGUCGCUGAGAAGGAGCAACUCAUCAAGGAACUCACGCAGAGACUCAGCGGCCCCCUCGUCGACGCGGACGGCAACGUCCCGACAGGCGCGGCGCGGCCGAUUGCCAUCGAGGUCGACGGCCCCACUCACUUCUACGCCAACAGCACACGCUACACGGCCUACACCAAGCUGAAGCAUCGGCUGCUCACGCGCAUGGGCUACAAAGUCCUCCACGUUCCGUAUUUUGAGUGGAGAAGGCUCCGAGGGCAGAAGGAACGCGAAGAGUAUAUGCGUCGCAAGUUGAUGGAGGAGCCGACCGAGUGGCUAGAUCCUGAAGACGAGAAAUUUUACAACGAACGCAUGAAGGUGCUGAGGCAGCAGUACGAAGAGGAGGCGCGGCGCGCGGCUGGCCUCGAACCCGCGACCCGAGUGCCGCCGCCUUCUCAUCCCUCCGCGGAAUCUUCUGCCGCCGCCCCUUUUUCGGCUGCUCCGCCUCCCCCACCUCCUCCGCACCCCUCGGCGCAACCCGCCAUGCGCAUAGCCUCGCCUGAUGAGGGCGUGAGCACGGCUGCCGGCGAGGCCUGGCGAGCACGUCCGCGCCACGAGCGCGAGGGCGACUUACCGCGGCGAGACCUCCCUCCGCGCGAGCGCAGCGGCGCGUAUGGAGCGCCCUACCCGCCCCAGCACGGAUACUCGCAGGGUCCUCCGCCUCCGUAUGCUCCGCAGCAUCCUGGGCACGCGGUGGGAAGCGCGCUGGCGCGCCCGCCUGCCUUCCGCCCGCCGGCCUACGCGCCCGCGGUGCAGCCGGGGUCUCCCAGUUUCCAUCCAGGGUACCCCGCCUACCAGCCGUCCGCGCCGUUCCCUCCGCCUGCGUUCCCCUCUGCCGCGCCGACGCCCAAUGCGCCCGCCGCGCCGAGCGGAGCGUUCGCGGCAGCUGCAACUGCCUCGACGGAGCAGCCAACUUCCGCCCCUGCGACGGGCGACAGCGUCGAGGAGACGAUUGCGCAGAUCAAGCGGCAACAAGACGAGCUCGCGAAGAUGCUAGCCAAGCUCAAGAGCCUCGAGCAGGAGACCGGCAAGAAAGGGCCUGCUGCUGACGGAGACUCUGCGGACGCGCCCGCAGGCCGCACACAGUGA